AAACGUACCCAAAGUAUACAUCACACAUAACAGGGUGUCUCAUAAUUGGCCAAGACAUAAGCUUGUGAAUUUUGUGGCGACUGUAAACAAAUUUACUAAGGUUUUUUUAAUUAUAUUAAACACACAUUUGUGUUCUUUUCUUGCUUUUUCCAAAAAUGGAAAGUGAAGCAACAGAUCAUCAGCAAAUGGGCAGUAAAAGUGGCGAACAAUCAACACCAAUGGAUACGGAUGAAGAGCCCAUGAAUAGUGCAGAGGCAGCUCACGGUGCUAUGGAAAAUCAUGGUGAGGGCCAACAAAAUUUAUUGCAAUCCCAAAUGAAUGCCAGUAAUGAUGCACUGAAUCAUCACCAGGCUGGGGAUAAUGCUGGCUCAAAUCACUUACCGGUGGAUAUGGAUGCUGGGCAUGAUAAUUUGGCCACAUUGGCCUCAAUUGCGGGAGCAGAGGCCGCACCCUUGAUAUCGACAAGUUCUGCAUUAACAUCCUCACAAACCUCGUCGAUAGAUUCAACAGCAUCCGGUCAAGCGCAAUCAGGAACAGAGGUCACACCACAAAAACCUGCAACCUCCCAGCCAACAACGCCCUCCACCACACAAGCCCCUAAUUCACAACCACCACCUCCACCCAUUGAUGAGGAGGAUGCCAAAUGGCAUACUGUGGGCAUAUUUCAAAAUCUAUCCACCACGGUGACCAAUUACAUUGAUAACACUGUAUGGACUUCGGCUGGUAUGCAUCUCAAUUCCGAUGAAAUACCCGAUUUAACACAAUAUGAACGCAUUAAUCUUGAACCCGGAACGGCAUAUCGUUUUCGCAUUAGAGCCUUAAAUUCGGUGGGGGCCAGUGAUUGGAGUGAAAUAUCUAGUUUUAAAACAUGCCUACCCGGCUUCCCGGGAGCGCCAUCGGCCAUUAAGAUAUCCAAGUCUUCGGAGGGAGCUCAUCUUACCUGGGAGCCACCACCAAGCUGUGUUAGUUCCAAUGAAAUUGUUGAAUAUUCGGUAUAUUUGGCUGUCAAGCCGGGCAAAGAGAAAGAGGCCAAGGCGGGACAAAGAGCUCCAGCACAAUUGGCAUUUGUACGAGUCUAUGUGGGGGCAGCUAAUCAAUGUACGGUAUCGCAUAACUCUUUGUCAGCAGCCCAUGUAGAUUGUUCCAAUAAACCGGCUAUUAUAUUUCGUAUUGCGGCACGCAAUGAAAAGGGUUAUGGUCCCGCCACACAAGUUAGGUGGCUACAAGACCCAGUACAAAAUUCUGCAACAAAUCCUGGCAUGGGAGCUAAUAGUUUAUUGUCGCCCACACGUGUUAAGCCAGAAUUGGGUGGAGCAUCGCCGAGCAAACGUUUUAAAGCGGCAGCGGGACGUUAAGGGGAGUAGGGUGAAAGACAAGGAUUCAACAAUUCAAGUUACAGUGUAUUCAAUCUUUAUAACAUUUAAAAUACAAUUACAAACAUACAGAUUUUGUAAAAAUGAACCUGACAUUAUUUUCUUUAAGAUUUUAAUUAUUUUUUUCUAGAUGACCGACCGAACGAUCAGUCGUAAUUAUCAGUUCAAUAAAUAAGAAGUAAAAUAAAUAGCUACAUAAAACUAAA